AUGGGGGAUGGUCCGAAUACUAAGGCGACGCCCAUUCUAACCCAGUAUGGCAUGCAAAACCAAAUGAGCCUUUCUAUACCAACGAAGUUUGACGUCGAUAGUAGCACAGACACCGAUCUGGCCAUGGCGGAGGCAGAGGCGGAACGAGCCCUCAAACUCUCGCGACGACCCAGAUCCGAAAGUAGUAGGCGUAUCAGACGGUGGUCGAAGGCGCUGGCACCACCAAAACCGCCGCCCAAGGCGACAGGCCGUUUUCGCUCGCGAUCCAAGUCUAGGCCCGUACCUCCUGCCGAACCCAAGGAUGCUUUCACUAGACUGUCCGCAGAUCCCGUGUUGCCCUUCACCGGACCCACUCAGCCAGAUGUGACUUCUGUUCGGGAUCUGGACAAUGCCAGUCCGCUUACUCUCGGGCUGUGCCAGCAGUUUCCAUGCCAUUAUUGCAUAUUUGUCUACAGUCGUCCGAGCGAUGUACGUUGAGUGAUGUCUCUUUAGUUAUACUGUCCACAAAGAUUGAAAUUUUCUACUGUUGACUAUGCGAAAUCAUGCGGACCAUCGACUUUCCGGCACAUUUUAAAAUACGAGAAAAAAAGGCAGGAAUUCGCGGAGAUUACUUAGCAAUAAUGUUCUAAAGUGUAGUACAAAAGCGUACAGCAAUUGCUCGUAUUCGGUUUUGAAGUCAGAAUAUUUCGGCGAACGCCAGCCGCAUGUCUGUUUGCACAUUCCAGGUCCCAACUAGAGAGCCAUAGCUAAAUUUCAAAGACCGUUAACCAUCCAAAAGCAGCUUUAGUUUGCAGGCCAUCUCGGACUCUGGUUCGAAUAUAGUUGACCAAUUGCUGAUGGCAAAGCUGUAUUUAGCUUUACCAUCGUCUCACUAAGCGCUUGCGCUGAGCUCGGAAACUGAUGAAACAUACAGCUUACCCCUUAAAGGUUUUUUAACAAACAAGAUUAAAUUGAUCUCAUGUACGGAGCAUGCUCUCACAUCUAUCCCCAAGUUGAGCUAUGCUUAUGGACUCGCAGCUCGGGUUUCUAAAGGCGCGAGUGAGGAGAGCAACACUUCACGGCUUACAUUCCUGACCUCAUGUAGUGCUUUUCGCAAACCAUACGGUUACAUGCAUUUACAAUUUUGUAUCGUAUAAAAUUCGCACUGCAGAAGUCCUCUUAGAAAGCAUUUAUUUCUGUUUGAUAGCGUCCAAGGACGUGCCGAAAUGUGCAGUGCUGCUAAUCGACUUAUACCAUGUGGCAACAGUUGUGACACCUACUCUAAAUCCUCCAUCCGCUUCUGCCCCGCCAGGUGGAUAGCGACACAUUUCCGUUCCGACGGAAUGAAUUCAUCGCUCAGAUCAACGACGCACCGGACGAUGAGGCUCGCAGAAUGAUUCUGGACAGUCAGGAAUACCGCGACGCCAUACGUGACCGACGUGUAGUCUACAUCGAAAUUAACACCAGCUGUAGAAUUCGUCUGGGUGAGCUGGAGGGUAGAAAGUCCCUGAAGAAGGGUCUACCACGUCGAAGACUCACCGUUGCCGGACCCACCUUCUCGCAUAUUUGUGUUGCAGUCCAGUUGCUGGAGCACAUGUUUCCCCGACUGAUGCAGUACGCCCUCUACCCCUAUCGUCUACCACCUCCGGCAUCGGCCAACUACACCUCGAGGGAGAAGCUCACUGUCAAUUACAGUGACUAUGUGACUAGGCAGCCUGCCUGGCUUGGUCUCGUUCCGGACAUCCAUGAACGCGGUAGCUGGCGUAAGUUCUAA